AUGGAUCGCCACCACGACAUCCCUUCAACUCAGACUGUCAUCCUUCAGGAUGAAGCUGGUAUACUUCGGAUCACCCCGAACUCCCCUAUUCCGGAGCUGAGCCCUCAUCAAAUGCUCGUACGCACCACAUCGGUGGCUCUGAAUCCCUGUGAUUUCAAGAUGCCUCUUCGAUUUCCAACGCAGGGCCUCUGGGAUGGGUGUGACUUUGCGGGAAUCGUCGUGGCACUGGGAAGCGAAGCCAUCGCUCAGGGACGAUUCCGCCUUGGGGAUCGAGUUUUCGGAGCGGUGCAAGGCUCAAAUCAAUCAGAUCCCCAGUCCGGAGCCUACUGUGAAUACAUCAGAGCUGAGCCGGAUUUUACUUUCCAUAGUCCAGAGGGUACCCCACUCACCCUAGCGCCAGCUCUAUCAUGUACGGGUAUUGCCACUCUCGGAAUUGCCCUGUUUUGGUCCCUGCAACUUCCGGGGAACUUGGAUGAGCCUUCAAUCAAAGCCGAAGAUGUUUUGGUCUACGGAGGAAGCAGUACCAUUGGCCUACUUGCCAUUCAAAUGGUGAAGCUCUGUGGUCACCGAGUGAUCACAACCUGUUCUCCCCGUAAUUUCGAAUUAGUCAAAUCUUACGGUGCCGAUCUUGUCUUUGACUACAAAUCUCCUACCUGCGCACAGGAUAUUCGAUCAGCCACCAAAAAUGCACUCCGCCAUGUCCUCGAUCCCUUUGCAGAAUCAAAAACAGUGCGCUUAUGCCAAGAUGCCAUUGGCAGGACCGGUGGAAGAUAUUGUGCACUGGAACAGUACACAGCGGAGCUGAUUUCUCGAAAGACAGUGAAGCAUGAGUUGGUAAUGGGAGGUGCUAUCGCUGGUAAAGGUGUGGAUCUUCCGGUGCCUUACGGAAUUCCUCCCAGACCAGAAAUUGGAGAGUGGGCACGGCCUUGGUAUCGCACGCUCCAAACGUUGAUCGAUACAGGCAAACUUAGACCAUGUCCUCAGUCAGUACUUCCGGGGCGGUUCGAUGGGAUCUUGAAGGGCCUCGAGAUGCUCAAGAGAGGAGAUGUGUCGGGUAAAAAGUUGAUUGUCUCAUUAGAGGGAAGUGCAUGA